AUGGUGACGCCCCCGAAAUCAGCUUCGGAGGUGGUCAAGUUGCCAAUGCUAGAAUCUGAAAGAUUCUUGCGAGAUCUGCGUAGUGACAAGUUCAAGCAGAUCUGCGUACUCGUCACAGAGGACGAUUACGUCGCCGAUAUUUGGUCGACACGAGUGUAUACUGAGAACGAACGGGCUCUCAGUAGCUCAUCGAUGGACGAGAGUGUCCUCGAUGAGAAGACCCGGAUUGAGUGA